GAAGGGCCACGGCCAUGAGAGGUCCUCACAAGGGCAGAGAGACACGGCUGCGUGUGUUUGUUUCCGCAUGCAUCUGAGAAUGUGACCUUCUGAGUGUGUAUUUUCAUUCAUGAGCAUCAGGAGGACCGGAGUGUUUGCAUGUGAAAGGACUGGGUGUUGAUGCAUGCGUGAGCGUGGGGGGGAUUAGAGAGAAGGUGAGAGCUCAUGCUGAACACCACAAAACAAAGGCAUUUCUGCAGCCCUCAGCUUCAGGAUCAUCUCAUGUCUCUGAACCAAACAACAGCCUACAUGCUGUUCCUCUCUGGGCAAUUCAGUGAGGAGGUCAGCUGUUUUUGAUGCAUCUUGAUCAACUUUACAUGACACAGGGUUCAAGGGUGAAACGCAAGGAUGAACUUGCAGAAACCUCCAAAUCUAAAUAUAGUCACCUGAGUACAGCCACCUAGACACGAGGCGAGAGCUGGAGCUCCCGCAUCCGGUUGCGUGUGAAGCGGUGGAGUCGUGCGCGUGCGUCGAAACAGACCUGCACAGAAACGAGACAAAUGACGGUUCAUUAGAUGCGGGCGGGUUGAAGGGACAGUGGUGUUCAUGAACACAAGUUUAGAAAACCACCGUGUUGCUCUUUCAUGCCGCCCUUUUCUGCUACGUGACGUCACCGUGACGUCACGUGUUGACGGAACUCCGUCCGAGAACCGAGCGGCUCGAGGGCGGGGCGCAGAAGAAGGGCAGAGUUCUCAUUGGCCUAUGAGGCAGUGGAGGCGGGAAACGUCUCGCGGCAGCAGCCGCGCGAUUGGCUGAGGCAGGAUCUUCCGCGCUUCUCCGAAGCUUAAAACGCCACCGGUCUGCGGUGACGCAAGAGAAGAGAAGGGAAACAGGAAGUUCGACAGUGUGAGACCGAGGUUCUGGACCGGCACACAGCGACUGCGGGACGAUGCUCCCGUGCGGCCGGGCGUGGGGAACCGCCGGCUCCCGUCAAGAUCCGCAGCCGUCGACGGGCGGCUCCAGGCCGCUGAAGUCCGCAUCGGGUCACAUCAAGCGGCCCAUGAACGCCUUCAUGGUGUGGUCCAAGAUCGAGCGGCGGAAGAUCAUGGAGCAGGCGCCAGACAUGCACAACGCCGAGAUCUCCAAGCAGCUGGGUCGCCGCUGGAAGAUGCUGCAGGACGCGGAGAAGGUUCCCUUCAUCCGAGAGGCGGAGCGCCUCCGACUCCAGCACAUGGCCGACUACCCGGACUACAAGUACCGACCCAAGAAGAAGGCCAAGACCGGCCUCUGCCCGUUCGCAGAGAGGUCCAGACCCGCCGGCAAGAAGAAACACUCCAAGGCGGGUCUAGAGCCGCCGGGGCUCGGUUCCGAUCGAUCCGAACCGCCAGGGCCGCAGCUGCAGCGUGACAUGCGGUACCGGUUUGUGUUGACGAGAAGCGUCAACACGGGCCAGACCAAGUGGUCCUAUACUGACGAAGAGGAGGAGUCCGAAGCAGACGACGACGACGACACGGGCCGAAGCGCAAUGCUGUUGUCCGCGGCUCGGCCCCUCUACAGCCGGCAGGACAGCGAGGCGUCCGUGUGCUCCCCCCCGCUCUCCCCCUCGUCCUGCGGCGGGGAGGACCUGGACUUCUUGGCCCUCAGUCUUCUGGCGGGAGUCCAGCCAUCCGCUGACUCGUGGGAGACUUCCUCCUGUUCGGCCGCGGGAAGUGCGAGUCCAACCCUGGUGGAUAAAGACUUGAACGAAUAUGAACGAAGUGGCGGGUCCCACUUUGACUUUCCCGACCAGUGGACCCCUGAGUUGAGCAGCAUGAUCGCCGGGGACUGGCUGGAGCCCCCAGUGUCAGACAUGGUCCUCAUCUACUGACUCUCGUUCUCGGUGCUUCUAUGACCACGUUUUUUUGUUUUUCUUCUAUUUUUUGGCUAGUUCCCCGGAACCAAACCCGCCUCACGUUCGGUUUGUACGUUAUAUUUUGCUGUUUAUAUUUGUGCACCUGAAGUUUGCAAAUGUAUAUAUUUUUAUUUUUGUAUCCUUUUUUUGUAUAAAAUGUUUCUUUCUGAAUAAAACCUCCAUUUGAGAGCUGAGUGUCCGUCUU